AAAAAGUGUUUCUGUUAUUUUUUAAGUAUGAAUUUUAUGUUGAUGGACAUGCGAAAUCCAAAAUAACAACCUCUUCUGUUAGAGGCAUGUAGGUCAGACCCUAUAUCUGGCUCUAAGAUGAUACAAUAGGUAUUUGCAGGACUUAGUUUCCUCCAUUCUCACGAUUACAGUGUAGAAUAAUGUCUAUAAUUCGCGAAUAUAGUCUCUCAGUAGCGGAAAAGGACAUCAUGUGAGUCAUGCUAGAUUAUUGUUGUAUUCAAUGAGGUUUUUUUAUAAUUCAUUAUUAUCUUGUUAUGAUACCUUGUUUAUCAUCAAUUGGACUUUUCUCUAAAAGUUACCUUCUUUUCACACGAUUUGCUAACAAAUUGCGAAGCUCAAGUCUCAUAAAUUAGGUCUCUCUUAUUUGCAAGAACCUAAGUGCCACAAGCAAAAAUGAUAGAAAAAAAUAGGUCAUGACGAAUCUGGCUUUAUUGUUUAUACACCUGUCAAAUCUUUCCGACGCCACGCUCAACCUCGUUUUCAGGCACUUGGAAGUGAUGCCAUUAUUUGUCAAAGAGAUGUCGUAAGUCUAAGCUUCUUAUCAAGAUAAUGGGCGUUCGCGGACUCUUUAGUUUCGUCGAACCAAUCGAACAGCUUUGGGAAACGAUCGAACUACGACGAGACACAAAGCUGGUCAUAGAUGGAUCAGCUUUAUUCAUGUCUCUUUACGCAGACAACUGCCUCGAUCGACGAUGUGGAGGGCAAUAUAGGGAAUUCUAUGAAAUAAUAAUCGAUUUCUUUAACGCUCUAAAAUCUGUGGGAGUAGAGUCAUUCGUAGUCCUGGAUGGCGCAUACACCAGUGAUAAUAAAUUGGACACCUACAAAAAGAGGUCAGAAAAGACAAUACAGACAGCUGAUAUGCUCGCAGAAGGUCUAGCACAAGCAAAUGAGGUCUUCGUCUGCCCACUGUUGUUGAAAUUUGUAUUUGGGCGAGCGCUCGAGGAUCUUGGCGUGAAAUUUUCUGUCUCUGACGGUGAAGCGGAUGCUGAAAUUGCUUCUUUGGCCAAUGCUUUCGAAUGUCCUGUUCUAAGCAACGACAGCGACUUCUUCAUCUUCGAUGUUAUAGGUGGUUUUAUUCCACUCCGCUCUUUCAAGUGGCAGAGAUGUCCUUCAAAAGCCCACAUUUUCUAUCGCAGAAAAUUGGCACAGUAUUUUGGAAUUCACACAGAAUUGCUUUCUCUAUUUGCCUCUUUAGUGGGAAAUGAUUACGUAAACUCGGAAUUACUACAGCCAUUCCACCAGAGUCUGCUGGGAACUUCUAGAGGAAAAGAAAAAAAGUUCCGAAAGAUCAGCGACCUUCUUUCACAAGCGCCCACAUCAGAGGAAAAUGCUAAAGAGUUUGUGCUUCGAAGUGUUCCUCGAAAGGAUGAGUUAAGACGAGCUGUCGAGAUUUCUCUCCAGGAAUACACGAUCACAGAGACGCCCUUGGUAGGAUAUUUUUUACGCAACGAUGUCUCAAGCCUUCUGAAA